ACUAUGACGUACAUAAAUUUUAUAUCAGUUUCUCCUCCCAGGUCCGGACUAAAAACCUCAAUAUUUUUUCCGACCACGCGCCACUGUGCAGCGGCAAAGAGUCGCGAGGGUGGUAACUCAGAGGCGUUCCAUUCCGACCUUGCCACCGACUGCAUUGAUGGAAAAUGAAGUUCAACACGUGUUUCAUAUUAGCGGCGCGGGUGCGGGUAUCCAUGGGAAUCCCGAUUGGGCGAUGGCAUGGUUACGUGGGCGAUUGACGCUCCCUCUGUUUUAUUUAUGUUUGGAUCGAUUUGGAGAACAUAUCCUGGAUUGAAGUAGCAUUUUUUUUUGGAAUUAAACCAUUGUACACCAAAGAUGUCGUCGACAACGCCCGGGAAGGGUUCGAAGAAGAAACCGCUGCCGUAUUUUAUGCAGCGCUCCGAGGACGCAAUACUGCCGUCCUUUCAGAAUCGUCGCACCCUGGCAGACCACGUGAAGGACAACAUGCUAUGUGCCGGGCGAAAGUCCUACUUCCAGCGGAUCGUCUACGUAGGACGCCACCCGAAGGUUUCGGCCAUGACCAUCCGCGAUCAGUUCUUGAAGGUGAUCAAAGAGAUGCAGGAGAAAACGACGACCGACAUCAAGCUGUUUGGGCUGAUGAUCAACUUCGAUGGGUACUCGAUACAUAUGGUUGAAAGUGCAGAGGAGACCAUCGGAGAGUACAUGCGGUAUCUGGCCGCCAGUGACCUCUUCGAGAGCUGCCGGGUGGUGCUGGUGUAUAAUAACAUUAAUCAGAGGUUUUUUCGCAAAUUGGUGUGGAGAUUCGCCGAUUAUUUGAAUGAUUUGACUCCGUCCGUAAUCGACGCGAAGGAUCCCGACGUGGAUCAGAAGACCAUCAACGGCUUCAUGGUUCAAUUGUACACCCUCUGCAAAAUGGUGCGUGCUGAAGAGUUGGACGAAAGAUCGGCCUUCAAGUCACUGUACUUGGACGAAAAUUAUGAAGAGCACACACCGGAUGCCGUAGUUUUGGAGUAUCUUUUGAAUUUGAAGUGUCUUUUCACGGUUCAAGAGUAUGGAAAGUUCUACGGAGUCAUACCGGACAUUUCAACAUUUAAGGACAAAGUUUGGCCAAUACCACACGAUUUGACUCCUUACGAUGUGUUCGAUGCAGGCAAAUAUGAAAUCAAUAUUACAUUUGGAAAUUGAUUUAUACAAAGAUUCAAUCGCCUAUAUAAAUAAAAACGACUUGGUGUUUGUGUGUUUCACUUGGAAAUGGAUCAGCUA